AUGAGGAGCGUAAUCAGACCAAACAGACCGUUUAAGGUCAUGGAGUUGUUAGAUGGUGAUCGUUAUUUGUUAAAGGCGUUAAAUUCUAAGAGGACGUACAAGUAUGCUCAUGAUAGACUAAGAAGGAUGCCUGAAGGUCAGUUGGUUGUAGAAGAAUCGUGGAUCAAAGUGAUGAUCUUGUGUUCGAAGUUCAUGGCACAUCGCGUGAUUAAGUUGGGUAAAACUCGAUGGAGGUGUUACUUGAGCGAUCAAUGGAGUUCCUCAUGGGAAUAA